CGAAAGCCUCACCUUUAUAAGUCACCGACUUGUGAGCAUAUUACGAACUUUUCUUUACCUUUGAUACCCCACCACACAUACACAUCGACAUCAUGGCACCCGCGAUUGGUAUCGAUCUUGGAACUACCUACUCUUGCGUAGGUAUCUUCCGUGAUGACCGCAUUGAGAUUAUCGCCAACGACCAGGGUAACCGGACAACACCUUCGUUCGUUGCCUUCACUGACACCGAGCGUCUCAUUGGUGACUCCGCAAAGAACCAAGUCGCCAUGAACCCCGUCAACACCGUCUUCGACGCAAAGCGCCUCAUCGGUCGCAAGUUCGCCGACGCUGAGGUCCAGGCCGACAUGAAGCACUUCCCCUUCAAGGUCAUCGACAAGGGCGGCAAGCCAGUUAUCCAGGUCGAGUUCAAGGGCGAGGAGAAGACAUUCACACCCGAGGAGAUCUCAUCUAUGGUCUUGACCAAGAUGAGGGAAACUGCCGAGUCCUACCUCGGUGGCACCGUUAACAACGCUGUCGUCACUGUUCCCGCAUACUUCAACGACUCGCAACGUCAGGCUACCAAGGAUGCUGGUCUCAUUGCCGGCCUCAACGUCCUCCGUAUCAUCAACGAGCCUACUGCCGCUGCCAUCGCCUACGGUCUUGACAAGAAGACCGAGGGUGAGCGCAACGUCCUUAUCUUCGACUUGGGUGGUGGUACCUUCGAUGUCUCCCUCUUGACCAUCGAGGAGGGUAUCUUCGAGGUCAAGUCCACUGCCGGUGACACUCACUUGGGUGGUGAGGACUUCGACAACCGUCUCGUCAACCACUUCACCAACGAGUUCAAGCGUAAGCACAAGAAGGACUUGACCUCCAACGCUCGUGCUCUCCGUCGUCUCCGAACCGCUUGCGAGAGGGCCAAGCGCACUCUGUCCUCUUCCGCUCAGACCUCCAUCGAGAUCGACUCCCUGUACGAGGGUAUCGACUUCUACACCAGCAUCACCCGUGCUCGUUUCGAAGAGCUCUGCCAGGACCUCUUCCGCUCCACCAUGGAGCCCGUCGAGCGUGUCCUCCGCGAUGCUAAGAUCGACAAGUCCUCCGUCCACGAGAUUGUCUUGGUCGGUGGAUCCACCCGUAUCCCCAAGGUCCAGAAGAUGGUCUCCGACUUCUUCAACGGCAAGGAGCCCAACAAGUCCAUCAACCCCGAUGAGGCUGUCGCCUACGGUGCCGCCGUCCAGGCUGCUAUCCUGUCUGGUGACACAUCCUCCAAGUCUACCUCCGAGAUCCUGCUUCUCGACGUCGCGCCGCUUUCCAUCGGUAUCGAGACCGCUGGUGGUGUCAUGACUGCUCUCAUCAAGCGCAACACCACCAUCCCCACCAAGAAGUCCGAGGUCUUCUCCACCUUCAGCGACAACCAGCCCGGUGUGCUUAUCCAGGUCUACGAGGGUGAGCGUGCUCGCACCAAGGACAACAACCUGCUCGGAAAGUUCGAGCUUACCGGUAUCCCACCUGCUCCUCGUGGUGUUCCCCAGAUCGAGGUCACCUUCGAUGUUGACGCCAACGGUAUCAUCAACGUCUCCGCCCUCGAGAAGGGUACCGGAAAGACCAACAAGAUUGUCAUCACCAACGACAAGGGCCGUCUCUCCAAGGAGGAGAUCGAGCGCAUGUUGGCUGAGGCCGAGAAGUACAAGGCUGAGGACGAGGCAGAGGCUGCCCGUAUCUCUGCUAAGAACGCUCUCGAGUCCUACGCUUACUCGCUCCGCAACACUCUCUCCGACUCCAAGGUCGACGAGAAGCUUGAUGCUGGCGACAAGCAGAAGCUCACUGCCGAGAUUGACAAGACCGUCCAGUGGUUGGACGACAACCAGACCGCCACCAAGGACGAGUACGAUCAAGCAUAGACUUCUUUUCCAUGGGUGGUAGUUCACGGAGUUUCACGGCCAAUUAAUUGAGCCAGUUUCAUGGUUUCUUCUUAUGCAUCGGAUGAAUAACGAUCAACGAUUGGGAGGAAAAGUUAGGUGGUGUCAGCAUGUACUCUAAUAGUGGGAUAGUUCUAUAUCCUGUGUAGAGAAUUGAGAGAAUACUUCAAAUACUUGGUCUUGACUUGUUUUGUGAUGUUUGAAAGGACAGAUAGAAAGGUGCAACUUGGAAGGUGUUCACGAUAUGUCUUGACUUAAAACCAAACCCUAAAGGUAUACAGUGUGUUUUUGUGUUUGAAGUAAGUGAUACAGAAGUCAGUGUAUACCUUC